GCUUCGAGCGUGUUGUGAUCACUAGUCAGCAGCAAGCAAAUCCGCGAGCGCAGUCACCUCUGAUCACCAGCGGCAGCAGCGGCCUCCAUUUUAACUCCGACACCGAGCCAUACCUCACGUGUCCUGGGCUGUCUCUCUCACAUGACCCGAGUGUUUGUUCCCGUGAUCAGCACUUCCAUCUCCGUCUGUGACACCGAAUAUCACUUUUUAUUUUCACCCUGAUGGAUAUGCUUGAACAGAGUCUGGACACCGCAAGCCAAGAAAAACAAGAAGAAGAGGUUGUCCAGGCAUCUGAAGACGGGACAGGGGAAGAGCAAACAGCUGUUGCAAUUGCCAGUGUUCAGCAGGCUGCAGCAUUCGGUGACCAUAACAUACAAUAUCAGUUCCGCACUGAGGGUGGGCAGGUGACGUAUCGUGUUGUUCAGGUGACUGACCAGCACCUAGAUGGGAGAGAUGAUGCAGGAGGAGCAGUGAGUGUCGUUUCAACAGCUGCUUUUGCUGGGGCUCCUCAGGCUGUGGCUCAGGCUGUGAUCCAAAACCCUUUCAGUAAUGGAGGAAGCCCAGCAGGAGAGGCAGUGGGAGGGGAGACCCGCUUCGCUUACUUCCCCGCUACCGCAGUGAGCGACGGAACCGUGUCUGUGCAGGCCGCAACCGACCCCACACUCACACAGGCAGGGGGUCAGUUUUAUGUGAUGAUGACACCCCCUGAUGUAAUUCCAACAGGCACACAACGAACCAUCGCACCACGUACACAACCCUACCCCACAGAUGAAAACGAGCUGCUGCAGCAUGAAGGUUUAAACUGGAAAAUGGAUGGACCUCGAACUCCAAGAGAUGAAAGAAGAAGAGCUCAGCAUAAUGAAGUUGAGAGGCGGCGAAGAGACAAGAUCAACAACUGGAUUGUUACGCUUUCCAAGAUUAUCCCUGACUGCAAUAUGGACAGCACCAAGACUGGAGCAAGCAAAGGAGGCAUCCUGUCCAAGGCUUGCGACUAUAUCCGUGAGCUACGGCAAAGCAACCAGCGGCUGCAGGAGAGUCUGAAGGAAGUGGAGAGGAUACAGGUGGACAACGAGCUGUGCAGGCAGCAGAUUGAAGAGCUGAAGAAUGAGAAUGCGCUACUUCGAGCACAGCUCCAGCAGCACGGCAUCGAGAUGGUUGUAGAGACUCCGCCACAGUAAACGUAAUGAAAAGAACAGGAAGGAACCCCGCCACUUAAACAUGUAACUGAAGCGGUGGACAACAGGCGCAAUGAUUGAAAAAAAGACUUGUGGAGAAUCACUUUCUCCUUAGUAAUUGCCUCUUCCCUGGGUUCCCAGGUCACGAACCCUUCACCAGCCAUUUGUGGCUGCACUUGACUGUUCCAGUCCUAUUGAGAUAACCACCUGUUGCAACUCAGUAGAAAUGUGCUUCAAGAAAAGAUGUCCACUCACCUCCAUCAGAGUGCUUUACUAGCAGUAGCUAUGAAGCAGAACCUCUUCUGAACUUCUCCUGUGGUUUGUAUUUAUGUAGCCUCAUCCAUGAACUAUAUUUGUCCUCAAGGUUUGCUCCCUAUCCCUUCAUGUUUUCUCCCCAGUUAUUAAUUUUGUCAUAGUUUUUGCUUUUAUUCUGUUUGUGUUUUUGAGUUCUGUAUUAAUAUGUUGUUUUUAGCUUGUUUAAUUUAUUAGUCUGCUUGCUGACAAAAGCUUUGAUGGAGACCAGUUACGUUGAAACUCAAGUACCCCAGAGAAGCAGACUGAAUUUUAAGUGAGAAAACAUCAAAGUAUGCAAAACAUGGUUCUUGAGACAGAAAUAAUGUGACACACAUAGCAUACCUAAACCCAAAGACAAACAUGGAGCUGUGCAAGCUGAUGCCUCUUAGCUGAUUUAUGUAAAUACAAUUUCCCAUGUUUUAAUACAGAUGUUACAGAAUGUUGGAGUAGAUUAUCUCUGGGAGACAACAAUCAAUAACCCAUUAUCUCCAUGCCGGCUCUUGGUUGUAAUAAUUACCAUGAAGUGUGCAAUCUUGAAGCUUGAUAUGGAAAAAAUUGACAGUGGUUUACUUGAAAUGUUGGGCAUUUGCUAGAUUGUGGAAAAAAAAAACUUUAAAAGAAAAAAAAAUCAUUUGUAAAGUUCAGAUUGUUAAAAUACCAAAUUGAACUAUAAAAGUGUGGAACAUGCAGCCAGUUUCCAACUCAGCACUUUGAAGCAUCAACUGGAGAAGAAUUGAAGGCAAAUCCCAACUUUUGCCAAACCAUUUUCAGGUACUGUAGGUUUAUUUUCAUCUUUUCCUCUUGUGUGAUUUAGGGGUGUUUCAGUACAUGUAAGAAUAAUCCCCUCAUGCUUCAGUUCGAGCUGUUUGCUCUAUUUCAGUAUUGCAGCUCUUCAAAUGGAGCUCAACGUACAGGAGGGAGGGGUGGUACCCUGGAGAACAGUACUCGAAAACUCUGCUCGCUAUGGGAAAGGAGUACACAGAAACACUGCGUUGCACUUUUAGCUGAGCACAACUCGUUUUCCAAGAAAAGACUGAAGAGCUGAGAAGUGGAAAACUUAGUAACGAUCCAGCAUUUUUCUCCUCCCACUCAGGCGAACAAUAAGUAAACUGUAAUUGGCUGCACAAACAGCAAAACCCAAUAUUAACAUUGUUGAUGAGUUUGUGAAUGAAAAUACAUUAUGUCUUUUUGUUCUGCUUCGGGCAGUGUGAGUGAAAGUGGAAGAAAGAUGUCGAGCUCUGGAACACUUAUUAGAGUGUGAUUGCCUCUCCAUGUAUCAACAGCUCAGGAUCCAGAGAAGCGAACGCAACACGCAGACCCCUGGCAAAAUCAGACAGACUAUUAGAUUUUAAUAUGUGAGACUCUGUAAGUUAACAGCUUGUGCUUUCGAAAGUGCUGUUCUUCUGCAACUGCUAGAUUCAAACCUGAUAGGAAUAGUGCAUGUGUCUGAUCUAUCAAACAAGGCUCAUGGCCAAAGCUAAAUGAUAGAUGUGCAGUAGGAUUUUUUUUUUUUUUUUUUUUGUACACCUCCAGUUAGAGGGGAGCAGAGAAUGUAAGGACAUGAAUAAUGCUUCGGAAGAUGGAUUUUUCACAAAUGUAAUGUGUGGCUAAUUCUUUUUUUUAUUAUUAUUAUUAUUGCUUUUCUUUUUUGAAAUGGCAAAAGGAAGAAAAAGCUUUUUCUGUGUAGCAGCCUCACUGUUCUCAGGUUAGAGACAUCUUUUCUAAGUAAAAUGGUGGAAAAUAAAAGUUUCACUAUCUAAUUA